AAAAUAGACGAUGCAUCCGAGAAGAAUUUUUUAAACGUGUUCCUCCGCAUCACAGGACUUACAACAUCAUACGAGUACGUAUGGAUUGGCCUCAGCGACAUCCAACACGAAGGAAGAUUUGUAUGGCAAGUGGAUAACAGUACCGUCAACUUCACCAGUUGGGCACCGAGGCAGCCUGACAACGGGGACGAUAGGGAGGAUUGUGUGGUCGUGGGCGCUAAAAAGUAUUUUGGUUUUUGGAAAGACCAGGUGUGCGAUCGGUGGUUUCCGCAUAUCUGUGAACGGCCGGCCAACGGUAUUGCAUGUUUUCAGUGCUCAAGUGAGACUUCUUUUGCCGAUUGUGAAACACAACAGGUUGUAGUCAACUGUUCAUUUCCACAAAAUUACUGCUCCAAAGAAAGAAAUUCAACUCAAGAUAACGAUGAACAAGCUGCUGUUUUCUACAAAGGUUGUACAUCAGCAGAUCGGUGUACAGAAGAAAUGAAGGACACUGUUGAAUGCUGUAAAAACAACCUUUGCAAUAAAGAUAUCACCUGUUAUCAUUGCACAAGCAAUGUAUCAUUUGCUGGCUGUGCCAGGAAGCAAACAGAAGUGACCUGUACAUUACCGAGGAGCCGCUGUGUUAAAGUCGAGUAUUCCAGCAAUGGCAACCACCAAACAUUUUAUAAAGGAUGCGCCACAACUAAAGACUGCGAAGCCACGUCCGAUAAAUCAUUUGUGGACUGCUGUGACGAUAACUUUUGUAAUAAAGAGUCGGAGUUGAGUUGUUUCAAAUGCAGCAGCACGGUUUCUCACGACGAAUGCCAAAAGAGACGCCAAGAACACGUUUGUAGGAGUUCAAAGGAUGAUCGCUGUUACUAUGCCUCGAUGCAGCAAACUUCACAGGAUGGAUCCAGCGUCACUAAGCACUUUGAGUAUGGAUGCACCAAUAACUUACACUGUAACAACACUGGAAAAUUUUUCGCUGGUUGCGACGAACCAAGUAAUGCUUGUCAGGUGCGAUGUUGUGGCAAGAAUCUUUGCAACGAAGUUGAUUCAAGCGAGGAGCAAGUGUUAGACUUUCUUAAUGAAAUAUCCCAGAUGAAGUUGUUAGCUGCACACCCGAAUAUUGUGUCUCUUGUUGGAUGUUCCACAUUGUGCAAGCACAAAUUCCUGGUGUUGGAGUAUGUUCCAUAUGGUGACUUGUUAGAGUGGUUACGAAAGAAAAGGAAAUCGAACCAUCUUGCCGACAGAGGUUUUGUCCAUCGUGACCUUGCAGCCCGUAAUGUUCUGGUUGGCAAUGAUGAUCGAGUGAAAGUGUCAGAUUUUGGGCUGAUGCGUCAAGUAUAUGAAGACGUUUACACCAUCAAAAAGACAAAGAAACUCCCCAUUAAAUGGAUGGCUCCAGAAUCUAUCUAUUACAGUGUUUUUACCACCAAAAGUGAUGUAUGGUCCUAUGGGGUGCUUUUAUGGGAAAUGGCCACAAUGGGUAAAUCCUCUUUGAUUUCUCAGCUUCUGUAUUUCAGAGGAGUUCCCUACCCAACGUUAACUAAUUCGCAAUUGUGUAAGCUACUAAAGACAGGUUAUCUUAUGGGAAGGCCUGACAUGUGCUCUGAUGAAGUAUAUGAUUUGAUGACUGAAUGCUGGAGAGAAAAUCCAACAACUCGCCCCAGUUUCCCAGAGUUGAUUAGCAGACUGGAGGAGAUAAUGACCAGGGACGAACCAUACUGCGACUUGAACAAUUAUGAUGAAACAAGUCCAUGGUACAGCGCUGCCCCUGAGACUUCCGAGGAAACGGAAUAA